AUGACAACAAUUUUUAAUCGUAAAAAAAAUGAGGGACAAUCAACAAAUUCAGUUAUGGACAUGCAAUCCUCAUCUCAAGAUGAUACCAGUGAAAGUACAUCAAAGUCAAAAGAAAAUCUUUUAAAACCAAGUAUAAUAAUGAAAGGAUUAUCUGAUAUUGCUCAAAAUUUUGAUAAUUUUGCACCCGUUAUUAGUAAAAUUUGUAAAUUAGGAGAACAAGUUAUAGAAUUAUAUGAAAAAGCUCAACAUAAUAAAAAAUUAUGUGGUUUACUUUUAAAAAGAUGUAAUUGUGCAGUUGCUUCAGUAAAAGAUCUGGAUAUAAGAAGAACCGAAUAUAAAGAAUUUUUUUUUAAAAAAGGAAAUUUAGAAUUGUUAAUAGCUUUUAGUAAGUGUAUAGAAAAAAGUAAAGAAUUUAUUUCACGUGUUAGUAAAAUACAUAAACUUAUGAAAUAUUUACUCGCUGGUAGCAUUGAAGAUGAUCUUAAAGAACUUGUGAAUGAAUUUGAUGGAUAUAUGUUGAGUUUAAAUUUUUCUUUUACUAUUCAAACUAGAGAUGAUUCAAUAAUAAUAAAAGAUUACGUGAUUCAAAUUCAUGAAUUAUUAUCAAAUGUUUAUAACAUCCCUAAUGAUAAACAAAAACAACAAAAUUUUUAUAGCGAAGUGGAUUUAGUAAUUAGGGAACACAGGAAAUUUCUAAUUCAGAACGAAAAACCAAAUUCAGAUGAACUUAUAACAAUCGUAGAAGAAAAUGAACCGUUACUUAAUGGUAACGAUUACCAAAAAACUGAUCAUCAUUCUUCAGAAAAAAUUGAAAAACGUAUAUCAUUCAAAGAUUCUACUGAUGUUUCAUUUAAAGAAUUUUCAAAUAUUUCUUCUUCCAAUAAUGUUGAUACUCAAAUUGAAGUAAGAAGGCAAGUUAACAUUCUUAAGAUAUUAAAAAAUUCGGAUCAUAUUAUAAGAUUUUUUGGUGUCGCUCAAGAAAAUUCCAAAUUUUACUUGGUUACUGAAUGGAUGGAUUAUGGAAAUUUAUAUGAAUACUAUACAAAGUUUAGAGAUAAUAUGAAUUGGAGAACCAAAAUUAGAUUUUCUUUGGAUAUUUGUCGUGGAGUUAUGUACCUUCAUGAUUGCGAGAUCCUUCAUCAUGACAUUCGAUCAGCAAAUAUUUUAGUAAACAAAGAUCGCAAAGUUAGAAUAGCAAAUUUUGGUUUAAGCAGAAAAUUUUCUGAUGCUACUAGGAGUGUUGCACAAGAUUCAGAAAAUGUAAGAUAUAUGGCUCCAGAAAAAUUAUUAUUAAGUAAAAAUGAGAAAAGAAAGUAUGAUUCUAAAUGUGAAAUUUACAGCGUUGGAAUGUUAUUGCGGGAAAUUGCUGAAUUGAAAAAACCUCAUUCUGUUCUUGAUAAAUUAGAACUACAUGAUAUUGUUAUUGGUAUUAGAAAGCGUAUUCAAGAUAAACAUUAUGAACCAUUUUCGGAUGAUGUACCUCUUGAUUGGCAACUUACAGUAUCUAAAGGUGAAUGUUAA